GAAAUACAGGUGUGUGCAAGUCCGACCAAGCUUUCCUUAUUUAACUAGAGGACCAAUCGGCCAGUUUGAUGUUGGCCGACACAGACCUCAACAUGCACCAAAUUGACGAUUCUCUCAGCCCCAACAAAAAUUUAUCUCAGUUCCCUGCUCCAAGUUCACAAUCUGGUGUUACAGAACCAGCUAUAAUAACUCCACCAGAUAUAGUUAUUGACAAACCAACAAGCCUAACAACAAUCGUGCCAACAAAUCUACCGGAUCCUCAGAAAAACGUAUCUUCAAUUGUCCGGGCAGGUGAUGUUAUAAAACAAUUAGCAGAAUUACCUCAAAAUUUGAAGGAAAACAAUUUUGAAAUUCUUAUUUUAAAUGCAGACGAAGAUAAUAGUGAGUGUAGAAAUAUGAAAAAGCAGUUGCAAAAACACGCAUGCUAUAAGAAUAAAGACAGCGUGAGGAAACCUAUGGUAGAAGUGAUGAGCGACUACAUGGUGCUAAACGAAAUCGGCCAGCAAAACUUGGAUGUUGCUUUGAGCAAAGUGCUGGUUGUCCUAGUGUACAUCACUCAAAACUUUUCUAAAUGUACUUUUCUAAGCCAUGUGUUUUUACAAGAAGCUAUUAAAAAUAAGAGUUUGAUUUUUAUUCCGGUAAUAGUUGGAACUGUUCGUUGUGAAUUACCGGCAUUAAUGAGAUCUCUUCGAAGACUGAAAUAUCUGAAUGGGAAUAAACAUGAUGCAACAUUUUUUGAAUCAAUUAAAAAAUUGUUAGAAAAUAAUACCAAGAAAUUAGACGAAAGAGAUAAGAAAUUAUACAUGGAUCGUCUCACCUAUCUGAAAACAAAAAGCGAAGAUUUAACUUUAAUAAACGCUGUGAUACAUCACCUGGAUACUAAGAAUGAAACUUUCUAUGAUCUCUCUGCUGAUGGAGGAGCUUCACCUACUGAAACCAAUAUGGCCGGCUGUGCUGAUAGUGAUAUUGUGAUUGAUGCAGAACCUGCUUCUGAUGAAGAGACAGGAGAUGCUAACUUGGACACACUUCAUCCUGUCGAGAGGUUGAAAAAUUCUAGCUUGGACUUAAAUCAGCCGGUCUAUCCCGAACACUUAAUGACUUUCAUAGAUGCCGUUAUUAUCACGCAAGAUGCUGAUUUGACUAAGGCAAGAGAAUUCAAGGACAAUUUUGACGCCAAUACAGCAUCGUUUAUCAAAGGUGGCUUAAAUACAGAGGUUUUUCAGGACUUUAUUUGCCCUUCUCACCAAUUUGACGCCUUAGACUAUGCGGUGAGAAACGCAACUUUUGUGUUAUUGUUCUUUCAUAAGAGAUCGCGAGAUGAAAUAGAGAGUGUGUUCACGGCGCAUGCGUGUUUAAUCGAGAUGCUAAAAAAUGGCGGCUCGUGGCGGAUGUACAUAAUCUCGACCCAAAAGAAUAUAGAUCUGCCCAUAAUGCUGAGAUCUCUAAAAACAUUUAAUCCAAACGAUAAGAACUUUUGGAUAUUCAUAAAAAAACUAGUUCAUCAAAAACAGCACAGUAUUUUACAUAAAAGAGCUGAGUUAGAAGACAGACAACGGGAAUACAUCAACAGUUUAAAUAGGGUAAUUUUGAAGGAGAGUGUCUUAAAUCACUCAACAGAUAGUGAAACAACACAAGACGAUAUAGAAACAGGGCUUAAUUCCACCAUUCAACAGCUUAAUUUACGAUAAUUAUUAAAACCAUGUGCCCAGCGAAUGCUGAAUGUACUUACUAUCUGUGUAUAUGGUCUGUCGUCACUCACGCUAGAAAAUGUACAUUUGUGUUUUUUUAAUGAGAUAAACCACGUAUAUAUUAAUAACCACAAUGCCUGCUGCUUCAAUGAUUUCAACAUUUGGACAUUUAGUUCCAUAUUAUUUCUUCUGUUAAGAUCUGUGCAAGCAGAUUUGACAUGAUAUUAUAAUAUAGGUAUAUUAAAUAUUUUUGCGUCAUCUUCACCAACAACAAAAAAAUAAAAAAAAUUAAAAAAAAAAUCUUUCAAACUGUUUCGGUCCACGAACUUUAUGACCAUUCCUCAUCUGAUAUUUAACGUCUGUCAACUCAGUUAUGGACAGCCUCUGUCAUCUGGAGUUCUUAGAAACACGGGCCCUUAUAUAGCAGCUAUACUACAUUAGUAAAAAAAAGAUGUGAUUCCGAUUUAUUGGAUCUCAGAAAAAUGUUGCAUGACACUGUAUCAAGUAUUGAAAUUGAUUCAUAGACAUGUCUAUUUGAUUGCCUUAGAUUACAAAAGACUUUUAUGAAAUACCUUUAUUUUAGAUACCAAAAUAUGACUGUAUGAUUUGUAUAUUUAUGUGAUAAAUAAAAAA